UAAAAAAAAGCGUACCGAAAAAGCAAAGUUGAAGAAAAAAUUUCUACAUUUUAUUAUUGAUUUGUUUGAAUUUUUUCCUAAAAAAAAAUUACAUAUAAAUUGUGCAAAAGAAAACUUAAAUAAAAAUCAAUUUGAAUAACAAACACAUUUGUGUUAAAAAUUCCAUUAAAAAGUGAACAUAAAAAGUUAACAUAUUUUUUUUCCGUCUGGCACACAAACUUUUUCUCCAAAAAAAUAUUAAAGCGCCAACGAAGAAAUGGCCACAUCGCAGCAAUAUUCCCUGCGUUGGAAUAACUAUUUGCGGCAUAUUACUUAUGCAUUUGACUCUCUACGCCUCAACGAUGAUUUCGUUGAUGUUACACUUUGUUGUGAUGGACAGAAAAUCAAAGCCCACAAGGUGCUCCUCUCCGCAUGUAGUGGAUACUUCAAGGAAAUCUUCAAAGAGAAUCCUCAUCCCCAUCCAGUGAUUAUAUUUAAAUUUAUCAAGUUUGAGGAUUUGAACUCGAUCAUUGAGUUUAUGUAUCAGGGUGAAGUCAAUGUACAUCAAGAAGCUCUGCAAUCAUUUCUUCAAACUGCUGAAUUACUUGCUGUGCAAGGAUUAACAUCAGAAGACAAAGAAAAGAAAGAACCUCCUCGAACUCUUAACGAGGAACAAAUUAUCAAAACCAUACCAAGUACAAUACGUGCGGUGACUGAAAAUGUCACUCAAUCAUCUCAAACAAUUGAAAUACCAGCUAUCAUAACACAACACACAGCUCAGCAGACACAACAACAUACAAUCUCACAACAACAUACGCAGCCCCAAACGACGCAACAACAACAAACAACAACUACUGUCAUGAAAAAACGUAAAAUUACGUUUUCCGAUGAUGAUGAACAUAUCUACACCACAGAAACUGUGGAAUACAAAGAGGAACCUAACAUUGUUAAAACAACUGAAAUUAACUUCCUUCCGGCAUCAGUAAAAAUGGAUAUACCAGAGUACAUAGAUGUUUCUGAUACAAAUCAACUGCAUGAUUCUGUAACACAAGCCCAUCAGACCUCUCAAGAAACUGGUGGUCAAACCGUAACGCAGUACACUUCAGAAUAUGAAAUCUUGACCGAAUCAGAAAUUGAAGAAUCAAAAUAUCAAACUGAAUCAGGCGAUAAUACGGAAAUAACAACAAUUGACAUGGGACGAUUAAUAUCGCAGCCAGAAAGCACAGACAGUGGUGGAAAAGACGAAAAAGGAAACCUGAUUGGACAAGAUUUGCCAAAUAAUAAAUGGACUGAAUGUCAAUUUUGCAAAAUGGUUAUAACAACCGUAAAUCUUUGGAGACAUAUUCGAACUCAGCACACUCCACAACCACCUCGAAAGUGUGAUCAAUGCCAAAAGAACUUCAAAAAUAAAUACAGUUUGCGUGAGCACAUACGAAUAUCACACGAACAAAAGACCACAAACCGACACGAAAGCCCAUAAGUACCAAACGAAGUUAUCACAACCAGCCACCUGCGUCCAAAACAAUUUAAAAACAAAAUACUAUUUCGUUUAAUUAAAGAAAAAAACUUGUUUAAUAGAGAAAAAAAAUAUUGUAAUUAAAUUUAAUAUUUUACCACCUAUAAUAAGUUUGAUGUAAAUCUAAAGCCCAGCUUUUAAGCAAUGACAUAUUUUUUUUUUUUGGCUAAUGGUAGAUUAUAAUUUUCCCUUUUUAUAAAUAAAAAUACACUCAGUAUAAUUUUAGAAUUAUUGCCAUGAAAAAAAACCUAACCUAAGCAUUACAAAUAUUUAAAAAAAAGAAAUUUUCAUGCAGAUACAAAUAAAUGUGAAGUUUGUACUUGUUAAAAAUUCCUCUGGAAUAAUUUAUUUUAAAUACUAGUUCAAAUAAAAUUAAACAAAAUAAUUUCUCAACAUUUUUAAUUAUUAAAAAAAAGUUAAUUC